AUAUUUUGCGAUUGAAGAAAGAUAUCAUAUUUGAAUCAAACGUCCUGGGUUGGUUAGAUUGUGGAACCAGUUGCUUGGAAAAACGGACCUGUGUUGCCUUCAAUUUCAAGGAAGGGUCAAAAGAAAACGAAAUCAACUGUCAGUUAACUGAAACCGCAGAUCAUUAUUUUGAAAAAGGAAGCACAGAUGACAAUGGCUGGACAUUUUAUGAGGCUGUUGGAGAAAGAACGGUGAGAAUAUUUCAUUUUACACCCAUUCUUAUUACCCUGAUAUCUGAUAGGACUGAUGUACAAUUUUUUUUGGAUCCGCUCCUGACGUUUUGGCCAAUUACUGAACUGUUCGGAUAUAACAGAUAGGCGGUGAAAUAUAUUCAGUGGCGUAGUUAGGGAUCCUGCUUGUUCUGGCCAGCAGGACUAAAAAUUUCCCAAAAUUUCCUUACUAAAACAUUGCUUUAUUUGUCUUGAAGCUUUAAAAAUACAUCAUUAUCACAUUGUUAUUUCGUCUCUUUUUCUCGUCCUUUUCGUUAUAACUUUUUAAAACGUUUUUCGCAAUCUAUAAUAUUUACACAAUUUUACAGCUUGCGGUGUUUGUUACCUAGCAACUGCAACUCUACAUUGAUUUACACGCGACUAAUCAGUCCUGCCAUUUUCAAAUGGCUUAACCUGCUAGUAUAUUUCAUAGUAAAUCAAUACAAAAAAUAUUGGUUUCUGAUUGGAUAAUUAGCUCUGCGCAUGCUCCAAUCGUCUGUUUACAAAUGCGAAGUCCUGCUCUCUCGCAAUGGAGCUUUCCGCAUGACUAAUUAACCCACUUUUAUUAAUUCUGUCGAGAUUACUCAAGUUAUAAGUAUGGAAUUCAACCAGUGUGGAAGCCCACUGUGAUGUUAAUAUAAUUUCUGGCUUUUGCUAAGAUAUUUUAGCUCACGAAAUGCACGUGAAGAGGGCCCCCUAUACUUUUUGCGUGAAGCGUGAAGCGUGACGGGCUUAUUUUACUUAGCCGUGAAACGUGAUCGGGCCCCCUAUACUUCUUGCGUGAAGCGUGAAGGGCUUAUUUUACUUAGCCGUGAAACGUGAUCGAUGAUUUUCUUAAUCCGUGACUCGUGAAAAGGCAAAAUAUUUUUACGUGAAAGCAUAUUGUGAAGAGGUAUAGGGGGCCCUCUGUGAACUGACUCGAUUGACGAUUGUGUAUUUUUAUUAUACAAUAUAAUGGGGAAUGCAAACUUCAUUUGUGAUGCCUGUCGUAUUGAUAUAAAGUAAGAACGUAAUAUUUACUUCCAAUUUAUCUGCUUUAUGCAUUGAAACACGAGCACUUAUAUAGAGUUUAAAAAAAUGAUGUACUGAACCAACUUAGAUUUACACUGUUUAUGUGAUAUUUGGCCGCAUACACUAUAUUAAACGCUAUAUUAAUAUCAUAGACCGCGUAGCGUACCAAAUUACGUUCAAAGUGCCAGGCGUAGUGAUCUGUAGUUCAUACUCCUCCAUUAUAUAAAGUUUAACGCAUUAUUAACAAACGUAGUAGUGCAUGAAACGCCGUGUUCAACAGUGAUCAAGUGAAAGAUCAUAUUACAGACGCAUUUGUAUACAUGUUAUUUUCUUCUUUCGUGACUUGACUAUAUUUAGAUAAUUUUUUCAGUGAAAUAUGAUAAAAAAAUGCAUGGAUUUCAAAAAGUUACCAAAAUUUUUUCUAAAAAAUGUAUAACAAAUUAUCCGCUAAUCACACAAUUUUUUGAUGUUCCCUUUGUAGUAUAUUGCCGUGAAAUCGCAGGAAUUGGCCAUCCCAGAUUCCUAAAGUUCAAAAUUUUUCGGGGGAGCAUGCCCCCGGACCCCCCUCUAGAAAGUGUAGGUCUUAAAGAAGGACUAGCCUAAUUUCGCUAACUACGUAGGCCACUGAAUUUAUUUUUCAGUGAAAAUUAACUUUAGUCCUACUCAAGAGCCAUCGCAACUUGUUCAUUGUAUUAAAUUGUAAUGGAAUCCAUAUACUGAAGUUUUUACGCUCAUAGGCGUCGAAAGAUCGAUAAGUGGGGGGGAUCAUAUUCAUAAAUUCAUUAUUAAUUUCUUUUGAAAUCGAUUGUUUUUAAGGUUGUGAACACGAAUAUGUCAAUAUGGUCACCCCCCCCCCCCCACACUUAUCCAUCUUUCGACGCCUAUGUUUACGCUGAUAAUUGCUAUUUUAAAGUUACUGUGGAAUUUGAUAAAAUGAAUUUGAUUAGUACUAAAAAUUAACAGAAUACUUAUUAACAAGAAUGUCUUUGUAUAUGCCCUCAAAUGAAGUUUGCAUAUAUCGGCUUAGAAUUUUUAACCCAUAGAAAAAGACUUCUACUCUAUAUAACUAAAUUUAUAAGAAACUUACGUUUCAAAAAGUCAGCAUAUUAUACCUUUCAGCCUGUAAUGGUUUUGUAUUAACAACAUUUUGCUAGGGGCGUAUUUUAAGUGGUUUUCAUUUACAUAAUUAGCUAAAGUUAUGAAACUCGUUAAUAAAAAAAAAAAUUGAACGCAUGAUAUCAAUGUUAAUUAAUGAGGUAAAAUACAAAAAAAAAUCUUUUUUGAUUUACAUAACCUUUUUUUACCUCGACUUAGUUCAAGUCACAUUUUUGAAUGUAUUAAAAAACAAAACUGAAAAAAUGUGCAAACAAACCUGAUGAAAUUCUUGAAUUUAAUAAGCGAAAUAACAGCAUUUGCCUCCAUGUUCUAACAGACUUCCUACCUUCGCCCACAAUUUGUAUGUCUGAUAUAACUUCGCGGCUCACGCUGUAAAUAUUACUUAUUUUAGUUCGGAUGUGAUGAAUGUCUGAACAGCGAAAUGUUGAUCUGGGAUCCGGUGAGACCACUUGGAUGUAAAUGUCCAGAAAGUAAUUAUGCCGGGCAUAUUAGUGAACAGUGUAGGUAUUAAUGCAUAAAAACAGUCGGUAAUUUUAGACAAGAGAAAUUCCAAUUGGGUGGAGCGUAGACAAUCCAAAAGACAGCACUGGAAAUGCCUAAUGUUUUGCGCGUGCCUUCCGUGAUGCGCUUGCGUGACGCUUGCGCAUGUGCAACGUGAUACGAAUAAACGAUUAAUACUGAGGUAUUGUGGACCGAUACUUUUCUGCUGUUUUACAGCUUUUUAUACUGGACGAUUGUUUAAGUAAUCUACACUGAAAAGGGAGUUAAGUAUCACAUUGUUUGUAAAGUUUAUAAAACGAAUCUUCUUAUCCAAAAACGAGCCCAAAGAAUUUUCGAGCUUAUUGAGAUGUUCGAGUCAGGUUUGUUUGCGUAUUUUUGUUUUUUCUUAAUUAGGCUUACGUAUAUUUAUUCAGUCUUGCUAGACUGCAUUUACGUUAUAAAUUUAUUGAAGUUACUUUUUCGAUAGUUUACUCUGAACUUUCGAUAAUGCCGACGAUUUUGCCUUCCUUUGACCCAAUAUAAGUUUAAAAACCAGAUAAGUGCAUCCACAGAUCUAUUUUAAUUUUGUUCAAAAUAUAAAAAUUACAAGCCCUGAACUUUAUUUUAAUCAUAGUUACAGGAUUCGGAGUGAGUGUAAACUUUGACAACAAAAAUGGCGAGUUUUUAACAGUGAAAAACAUUACUCAAGCAUUCAAAGGACGUUUUGGGCUUUGUUUGACUCAAUACAAGUUUGAAUACCGGAUAAGUACAUCCACAGAUCUAUUUUUAAUUUAAUUUAAUUUAAUUUAUUAGCUUUGCCUUGUAGAUAACUAUAUUACAAUUAAUGGCAGGGAGUCCGUAACAGCACUUAGCCAAUUACUACGGCCCCGCCGUAAUUUUUGUUCAAGAUAUGUAAAUACAAAUCCUGGAAUUUAAUUAAACUACUGUAUAGUUACAGGGUUCGAAAGAUAGUACUCUCGUACAGAUAUUCACCGUCAAAAUAACAAAUGAAAUAGUUUAAAUCAUACAUACCUUGGUGUAUAUUUUCUUUUUGCAGUGAUAUAAAAAAGUCAAAAUUUGAAUGCAAAAAAAACAAAAACAUGCAAAAAUAUAAAACAACAUUUAUGUUUUUUUUAUUCAGAUUAAGGCGGGUUGCCGGGACAACGGAUAAUUGUUAAUUGAUUUAAUAAUAUAUUUAAGAUAUUACUCGACUAUGAUCGGUUGAUUUCAGUGCAGUUAAUCCCAAACAGCAGUGCAAUUUUUUGUAAUCAUGGCGCAAUUUUCUGUAAUCACAGUGCAAAAAUCUGUAAUAAACUGAUCUGAUUGGUGGAAAAACAUUGUGAUGAUUAAAAGAAGUAAUUAACGGUCACAGAUUGCUUCAAAACAAAACAAACAUGGCGCCGCGUUACGCAAAGUAAAAGUUGCCCUCGCGUGGAAAAUAUGGCUUUUAUCUUUACUUUUAAAUGGAAAAGUAUCUAUUUUAAAAAAGACUAACAAAAAUUGCAUAGAUGAGUGGAAUUUUCAAGCUGUUAGCGUUGUAUAAUGUGAUAUAUAUAGCAAAGACAGGAAAACUUUGCCAGUGGAGUGUUCGCUAUAAACGCGUAUGUUAAUUAAAAGUACAAUUGUCUCGAACAUUUUUAUGUAAAUUAUUAAUAAGUAAUAGCAUGGCUUCUCGUGAAAUUUGGACAAACAUGCACUCAUGAGUUUCUCAACAACCUCAAAUAGCACUCGUCCUUCGGACUCGUGCUAUUUUGAGGUCUUUUAAAAACUCGAAGGUGCAUGUUGUAUCCAAAUUGCACUCGAAACCAUGCUAUUACCUAUACUAAGCGCAUCACGGAUGUCGCGAUAGCGUCAUUGCAUGCUUUUGCCACAGCAUUUCCAGUCUCUGUCUUUUGAUUGCCAAUGGGAGGAGCAACGGCGUUCCACCGCAGUCAGGAUGUCAGGAUCAGGUACGUUCCAUGUUUAUUUUCUUGUUUUUUAAGCAACUCGAUUAGUGGGUAUAUGAUAUUACAGCGGAAAGGUGUAUUGUAAAACCCAAAUUAUGAUGAUAUCUGCCUCAAAGUGAGUCAUGUACCUGAUACUGUAAAAGCUGUUGAUUUAAAACCAUUUAUAUCGCUUAUACUCCUCCGUUGAGGAGUAUACGACUCUGAUUCCGUUGCUGUUUUCGGUCGCACUCCUUAUUAUUCUGGGAGCAAAUGAUGUUGAAGAUGCUCGCUGACGAAAUUCAACUGUUAUCUUCUUGCUUAGGUAUUCUCCGUUUGCUUAUCUAGGUCCUUUGGCAUUACAUUUUUUUGGUGAUACCGUAAACCAAUAUGGCAAGUCCACUGGAUCUCCACAGGAAUUGGAGUCGAUCACUGCGUGUUUUUGGAUGUCCGUUCCUGAAGAGUAUCUAAACAAUCAUCGUGUCAAUUUCUUAUCUUAUGCUUCGUCGAAAUCGUCUAACGAUUUUCUGUUAGUAUUACGACCAAGCCUGGAUUUGCUGAUGAAAAAUAAAGUCUACAG